AUGUCGACUCAAGAUCAUCUUGACGCCCCGCCCAAGAAGGUGGACGAGUGGCACGAAAACGAUGAAAUCCUAGAUCAAGAUGCUGUGGCUCUUGCUGCUACCUACACUCCAGGGUCCGAUGCUGAAAAAGCACUUGUUCGAAAGAUCGAUAAACGAAUCAUCCCAUGUAUCUGGAUUCUUUAUACUCUUUCUUACUUGGACAGAGCCAACAUUGGUAACGCCAAGACUGGUGGUCUUGAAUCACACUUCAAAUUAACUUCUUCACAGUAUUCAAUUGUCCUCUUGGUAUUCUUCAUCUCCUACGUGGUCUUUGAAGUUCCUUCCAACUUGUUGAUCGCUCGACUCCGACCUUCGCUUUACUUGAGUGGUCUCUGUAUUGUCUGGGGUGGUGUCGCCGCUUGUAUGGGUGCUACACACAAUUACCAACAACUUGCCGGUGUCCGAUUCGCCCUUGGUGUUCUCGAAGCUGGUUUUGCGCCCGGUGUGGCAUUCUACCUUUCUUCUUGGUACAAGCGAUACGAACUUGCCAGUCGAUUCUCAAUCUAUUACACUGCUACUGCCGUCUCCGGUGCUUUCUCUGGUCUUUUAGCUGGUGUCAUCACUCAACAUCUAGACGGAGCUCGGGGCAUCGAAGGUUGGAGAUGGCUUUUCAUCAUCGAAGGUGUUGGUUCAUCUUUCGUCGGUUGUUUCACUUGGUAUUUUAUGCCCGAUUGGCCAUCUACGACCAAAUUCCUGUCAGGUGAAGAACGAGUGCUUGCUGCUCAACGACUUGCCUACGAUGGUCUUGCCAGCACCGCUGGUGCUCAGGGUCACCUUGGCCACUGGCAAGCCAUCAAGAUGACGGUGACCAACUGGAGAACCUGGAUGUUCGUUUUUCUUUAUAUGCUCUGUACCGGUGCUCAGACAAUCCAAUACUUCGUACCCACUUUGAUCGGUGCUAUCGGCUGGACCGGCUAUGUUGGACAAUAUCACACUAUUCCCCUCUACGCCGCUGCCUUCGUCUUCAUCCUCAGCUUCUGUUUCGCCGCCGAUCGACUCAGGAAGAAGCCCGAAGCGAUUAUACUCGCCUCCUCCAUGGGUGUGAUUUUCUUCAUUAUCGUCGUUGCUACCACCAAGCACAUGGUCCAAUACGUGUUCCUCAUCCUUGCUUUCGGAUGUGUCUACGCUCUUCCCCCUCUGAUUCUCACCUGGGUACCCAAUAUCAUCGGACAUCCUGCUGAGGUUCGCGGAGCAACGAUCGCCCUUGUUAACGCCCUCGGCAAUAGCGCGUCCAUCUACGGUGUUUUCUUAUGGCCCAAGACGGACGCACCUCGAUAUAUCCCUGGGUUCUCAGCCACGACCGUUUUUAUGGGUUUAAUCACGAUUGGAACCAUUCUCAUGAAAUUUUUGCUCGCGAAGUACCCCGCUGAGCAGCUCGAUGCAGAAAAGAUGGUCCUGGAUGAGAUUGAGAAGCAACGAGCUCAAGGUAGACUACCUCCUGUUCAGGCAUAG